AUGGAGGGCACCUGGGGUGCUUUGGCCAAAGAGCUGAAGAACCAGGUAGUGGUGGCCAGUGUGGAUGCUCUUGCGAACCGCCCCCUCGCAGAGCGUUGGGGGGUGGAGCGUUUUCCCACCAUCAAGCUUGUGACAGGCGGGCGAGUCUACGAUUUCGAGGGUGCACGAACGUUGGAGGACCUGAAGGCCUUUGCGCUUGAGGGCUUCAGCUUGGCGAAUCCGGCUUCGCUGCCACCGCUGGCAUCAGAAACCCAGCAAGGCAGUCCUUCGGAUGCGAGUCAGAUGCAUCUAGUGAUUGGCUUCGUGCUUGGCAUGCUAUUUGCUGGAGCCCUGUGGGCUUUGUAUUUGUGCUGCAGUCGGAGCCCACCUGAGAGCCAGACGCAAGCUGCAAAGAGCACGAAGUCCGAGUAA